AUUAUUGAAACAGAUAGUAGUACUGGAAAUUUCAGUUAUCAUCUUCAAAGUAUACACAGAGUUACAAAGUUCAGCAAAUUGAUAUUAGAUACUUCUCAUCUAUCAUUUGAUAAAAUGUUUCAUCAACAGUUUAAAAAUAAUAUUGAAUAUAAAAAGCAAGUCGAUGAAAUAGUAACUGAAUUUCUUAUAUCUGAUUCGCAGUCAUUUUCUAUUUUAAAAAAUCUAGCAUUUAUAAAACAUCUAAAAAAACUUAAUCCAUAUUAUGAAAUACCUUGUAAUAAAGGUAUUAAAACUCGAAUCUAUAUGUCUUAUGAUUGGAUGAUAGCUACUCUUAAAGAUAAGAUAAAGAAUUCAAUGAGUUAUUGUGGACUAACUAUAGAUCUUUAG